AUGGACCCCCUCUAUCAAGCGGGGUCGAUUCUCAUGAAGGUGAACACCUUACAGGGGAAGAAGAUGGUGGAGAGUGGCCUCCAGUCUGGAGACUUCUCCCUGCCGCCGUCAUGGCCCUCCUGCCUCCCACCGCCUGCUGACCUGGAGCUCCUGCAGCAGAAGGUAGCGGGCGUGCAGCGGGAGCUGGAGGACUUCAAGAAGGAGGCCCUGAAGGCCAUCCACUACUUGGAAGACGCCUUCUGCGAGAUGAACGGGGUCCUGGCUCAGCAGGAGGAGCAGGCGGCCCGCGUGAAGCAGCGACUCAGGGAGGAGGAGGACCGAGGCAUCGUCCGCAACAAGGUCCUCACCUUCCUGCUGCCCCGGGAGAAGCAGCUGCGGGAGCACUGCAGGCGGCUGGAGGGCAUGCUGCUGGGCAGGGGCCGCGACUCGCCCAGCGUCCCCAGGAAGGUCCAGGCACUCUGA